AUGGGUUCGAAGACGUAUGAACAAGUAUUAACAUUCAAUCAUUGGUAUCAGAAUGUUGAUGCAUAUAUAUUCACAAGUCGAUCGAAUUUACAUAAAAUUGAAGGUGAAAAUAUUGAAUUUGUCAAUGAGAAUCCAUCAGUUUUAGUAAAAAAGUUACGUCAAGAAGAAACGGAUUCGUGGUUAGUAGGUGGUGGACAAUUGAUUAGUUCAUUUAUCAAUAAUAAUUUAGUAGAUGAACUCAUUCUAACUGUGAUCCCAAUAAUUCUGGGUAAAGGCAUUCAACUAUUUCAAAAUUUAAAUCAACAAAUUACAAAACUUCAGCUUGAAGAAUGUAAACAUUAUCCAGAUGGAAUAGUACAACUAAAAUACAAAUUUGAAACAAUGACAUAUCAUUUAUAA